AUGGCACGACUGACCGUUCGAAACUUCGCGGCCAGACUCCGUGAACUGCCAUCCUCUGUCGAGGAACCAGAGCAGGAUAAUAGUGCUCCAUACCUCGACGUUGGAAGUCGUUGGGAGCCAUGCCAUCACUUUUACAAGGCGGGGGUUCCGUACAAGGUGUGGACUGAGCAGGAUGUCUUCCACUUCCACGGCCUGUAUAAGUAUCGUGACUGCUUCCCUGAUCCGUACGCCUUCCAAAACUCGGAUAUCGCCAUCCUGGUGAAUGACUUGGAAGGGGCGGCAGCCAUCUUGGAAGGGUCUGGAUACUUCCGUACCCCCAAGUCGAGUGAGGCGCAGGAGAAGCUUGGUUAUUCUGGUAACAGUCAGGGCAACCGAGAGUUUAUCCGUUUGCUCAAUGUCAGCGCCAUGGUGCGACACCACAGCCAGUGGGACUCCUUUGAGGAGGUCACUAAUAAGGUUGUCUAUGCUGCUGGUCUUUCGGAGAAUCCUCAUUGGGGGCCAGCUCAGGUAGCCGGGAAUGGUGUUCUGUUGAUGCUAGCCAGCGACUGGAAUUAUAUGCUCAACUCCAAGGCUGCAUCUCCUUACUAUCAUGACCCGAUCCCUGACUUGUCGGAGUACCUUGACUCUCACGUCAGCAUGUGGAUGGAUACGCCGAUUUCACCUCCGGUCAACUCGAUUCGUUCCCCGGGCGAUACUGCGAGACUACGCCAUUGUGCCAGCGUCUUGAAGGAGCUAAUCUGUGAGGCCAACGAUACGUGGACUGUCGAAUUUGAGGAAGAUAUCAGGAGCCAGCAUCGUCAGGCAUUGUUCGAUCUCCUUGAGAUGUGCUACCGAUGGAUGAUGAAGGAAGGAGUCUGCAUGUUCACCCGUCUGACGACCGAUGUCGAUUUCCAAAAGUACAGCAAAGACGUUCGUGACCAUAUCAAGGCCGGUGUCCACGAUCCUGUCCUUAUGGCCGAUUUCAACCGGUGCCGGAUGAAGGGUGUGGUCACCAUGCCUCUUCCUAGAGGUCAGGCAAGCACUUACGACGAAAAGCAGUGCAAGAAGGAUCUGCCAAGAUUAUCGUGGUUGGUUCGAGCGCCCCGGGGAGAUGGAUGGCUCUUGCUUUCCCUUAAUGUGGCUCGCAUCAUAAGAAAUAAGAGACGGGAUAAGCAGGAGAAGCAGAAGAACAUCGGCAAGCCUGAUCACUUGCCAUUGAGGCAUCGGCGCUCAAAGAGGACAGAGGACGAGAUUAAGACGUUGGAGUAUUACCUCCAGGAUAUUUUGGCUGAUACCUACAACUGGGCUUUCCAGAAUCAGGAGUUUUGA